AUGAUCUCCGUUGGCAGCAUCGCACAAGGAAGGAGCUCGCCGUGGUCGGCGGUGGAGUGGUCCAGCCUCCCCGACGAGCUCCUGGCCAUAGUCUGCUCGAAGAUCUUUUCACCGCGUGGCCGAGUCCGCUUCGCCGCCGUCUGCAGCUCGUGGCGCGCCGCCGCGUCACAGCACCCAGCGACGCCCGCUCUGCCGCUGCUGCUCCUGUCGGCCUCGAACAGGGGCACGGAGAAGCGGCGGUUAUACUGCCCUGAGGACGAUGACAUCCUGAGCGUUCCACUCCCGAGGGCGCUGCACGGGCAGAGGACGUGGCUCAGCGGGUCCUAUGAUGGCGGCUGGAUCGUGGCUGGGGGCAUGAACAAGAUCGCCAUCGUGAACCUCUUCUCUGGCAUCGAGGUGGCUCUCUCCAAGAAGCAAAGCAAUGUCAAAGUUGGCUGCCCAGACGGAGGUUGGACGAUGGAAGGAUGCGAGAGGGAGGAAUUAGGGGACAUUGCCUUCUGCAAGGGCCAACUCUAUAGCCUAACAAAGUGCAGCGAAAAAUUGUUCAGAUACAACAUAGGCGAGAACGAAGAUGGCGCCCCGGUCGUCACCGCAGCCUGCCUGCUGAACGUCAAAAGACGCGAUGGCCCCGUAUGCAAGAGCAAGUACUUCAGUGAUUACGUCAGCUACAACUUUGAGUUCUGUGGUAAGCUGGCCAUGGCCGUGAGGAUCCCGUGGUACCGAAACGGCAAAAAUUUCUUCAAGGUGUUCGAGCUCGACCCAGCCAAUGCCAACAAUGAUGCACAUGACUAA